UCAAGUCUCUUGAGGAUUCAAUAUUCAUGUUCACACCUUUCUUCUUUUCUUCUUCUUUUUCCUACUCUUUUUCUCACAAGCUUUUCAUUCUCAUUUUCUGUUCCAACUAUCAACAAAGUAGGAGUAUAAAAUAACAUUAUUGCUAGUAAUUAACACAAUAUAUUUCUCAUGGCCACUGAAAAAAAAAUUACGGAUCAUAGUGAUAAGAGGACUAAGGAGGAGAUAGCCAUAGAUGAUUGGUUGCCCGUAACGUCGGACCGGAAUGCCAAGUGGUGGUACUCAACAAUGCACAAUGUUACGGCCAUGGUUGGUGCUGGUGUUCUUAGUCUCCCUUAUGCCAUGUCUGAACUGGGAUGGGGACCUGGUGUAACAGUAAUGUUACUCUCCUGGAUUAUAACCUUUUACACAAUCUGGCAAAUGGUGGAAAUGCAUGAAAUGAUACCAGGCAAGAGAUUUGACAGGUACCAUGAGUUAGGCCAAUAUGCAUUUGGUGAAAAACUUGGCCUAUGGAUUGUGGUACCCCAACAAAUUGUAGUAGAAGUCAGCACUUGCAUUAUCUACAUGGUCACUGGUGGCAAAUCUUUGAAAAAAUUUCAAGAAAUUCUUUUCCCACAUGUCAAACCAAUCAAGCUCACAUAUUUCAUUAUGAUCUUCUCUUCUAUCGAAUUUGUCCUAUCUCUCUUGCCAAAUUUCAACUCCAUCUCUUCUGUCUCCUUCGUCGCCGCGAUUUUGUCCAUGACUUACACUAUUGUUGCAUGGAGUAUGUCAAUAAGGGAACACAAAAUUGGUAAAGCAAUAGUUAGUUAUGGUCCAAGGAGUGACAAAAGUUCAGACAACGUGUUCAUGUUUUUGAGUGCUUUAGGGAAUGUAGCAUUUGCAUAUGCUGGACAUAAUGUGGUUCUUGAAAUUCAAGCUACACUUCCUUCUACACCAGAGAAACCUUCAAAGAAGGCAAUGUGGAUAGGUGUUUUGACAGCUUAUAUUAUAGUGGCAUUGUGUUAUUUGCCUGUGGCUUUCAUUGGAUAUUGGGCGUUUGGUAAUGGAGUGAAUGAUAAUAUUUUGCUCACACUACAUAGACCUACUUGGCUUAUUGCAGCUGCUAACAUGUUUGUGGUGGCUCAUGUCAUUGGGAGUUACCAGGUUUAUGCAAUGCCAGUAUUUGACAUGAUAGAGACAUACGCUGUGAAAUCAUUGAAAUAUAAACCUUCCACUCCUCUUCGUGUCUGUGUGCGUGCAGUUUUUGUUGCAUUUACAUUGUUUGUGGGCAUGACCUUUCCAUUCUUUGGUGGUUUGAUGGGAUUCCUUGGAGGCUUUGCUCUAGCACCAACCUCAUACUAUCUUCCAUGUAUCAUCUGGCUUAUUCUCAAAAAGCCCAAAAGAUUUGGCUUGUCAUGGUGUAUCAACUGGGUGUGCAUUAUAGUGGGUGUACUUUUGACUCUUAUAUCUCCCAUUGGUGGAUUAUGGUGCAUUAUCAAAGAAGCCAAGAGUUAUCACUUCUACCAAUGAUGCAGUCAAUCAGAUUUUCUGGAAUUUUGAGAUUUAGAAUUGGAAAAACAAGCAUUUGCAUUUUAUUUAUUUUAAUUUAGAUGCGUAUGUUCUAUCCUGCCUGUUUAUUGUAAGGCAGAUAUGUGUAGUUUUACUGUGAUUCCUUCAGUUUUAUUAGAGAUUUUAAGCAUGGAUGUUUGUUAAAGUUUGAAUUGUGAUUUUGUUAUUAUUGAAGUGUU